AUGGCCACCCUCUCAGAUGAUACGCUGCGGAAGAUCCUCGUACAAAUACAGCAAACGGCCAUUCAAUCUCAACGUGCACUCGCAGUCUCUCGACAACAGACCGCUGCGAAGGAGCGCGAACGGCGUAUAUUGCAGCUUACUAUCGAUGAAGUCAGCUCUCUAGACCCCGCUGUCAAUGUCUACAAGGGCGUCGGUAAAAUGUUCCUUCAGGUCCCUCGCCCGAUCAUGGACAAGGACUUGAAGAACCAAGAGAAAGAGCUCACUGAUGACAUUAACAGCCUGAAUAAGAAGUCAAAGUACCUCGAGAAGCAAUUCAACGAUGCACAGGGCCAACUGCGCGAUAUCUUCCAAAGUGCGCCGAAACCAUAGUAGGGUAACCGAAGCGAUGCAAUGGUCAAGGACAUUACCCAUACCCCUAGCUCUGCAAAUUCAACGGGAAAUAUCUCGAGCUUGCCCUCUUAGAAAAUGUCGUCCUGUUUCCGUCUACGAUCCAGCCGAAAUAUCCGUCACGACCAUCCGUUGAUCCGUUAUCAAUGCGGAUCCGGGCGGAAGCUCCCAAAACCCCUAUAUCGC